CGGUUUAGGCCUUGGGACUGCAAGCCGUUGCGACACUCGCAGCUUGCAGUCCAUGUGGCAAGUCCACUGCUGGAUGAAGGCCUCUUCACGCUGCGUCAAUCGUUGAGGGGGGGGGGGUUGUUAUUUGACCAUAGGAAAGGCGCGGCUCGACCGGGUGUGUUGACGGUCCCGAAUAAUAGCGGAGUGGCAACCAAGGCGUUGGGACGCGUCUUGGGGGACGUGCAACGAGGAGAUGGAGCGAUGAUUUCGCGUGCAGCACUGCAGACUGGCGGAUUGCGGCUGCUGCCGCUGCAGGCGGAGCUGCUGGCGCCGUCGCGGGCUCAGGCAGCGCCGUGUCGCCUGGCUCGCACGUCCGCAGCUGCCACCACACAGGACCAAACGCAGCGCGAUGCGCGGCUCAAGAAGCGUCAGGCAGAGGAGGAGGAGAAGCGCGCGCGGCGGCGGCACAAGCGCGAGCUGUGGGGCGUGGGGCGCAGCUCGCUGCCCGUGGACGACGUCUUCCUGCUGCGCAUGUACGCGCGUCCGCGGCAGGACGCGCGUGCCGCCCUCGCUGCGCUGCGCCGCUACGCGCUGCUCGACUACGCGGACCCCGCGCAGGACGUGCACGUGCGCCUGGGGCUGAACCUCUCCCUCGACAAGAACAAAAAAGUGGAGGCGUUCCGGAGCUACUUCCAGUACCCGAACCCCCUGGUUGCUCCUCCCAACAGCGUUCUCGUCUUCACGUCGACGCCCGAGGAGACCCAGACGGCACUGCAACACGGGGCGACGCUGGCCGGCGGAGACGAGCUCGUGCAGCAGGUGCUGCAGGACCAGGUGGAUCAGGUGAGCUUCUACGUGAGCGUCCCCGCCGCGCUGCCCAAGCUCGUGCCGCUCAGGAACGUUCUCCGCAACAACUUCCCCAAGGCCAGGAACGGCUCCGUGGGGGCGGACAUCCCCAAGAUGCUGGAGUACUUCACCACGUGCCACGAGUACAGCGUGCUGCCCAACGGCAGCUGCGUCACGCGCAUCGGCACGAUGGACAUGACGGACGAGCAGCUGCUGGUGAACCUGGAGACGCUGCUCGCCGACGUGUGCUCGCGCCGCACGGCCAGCUCUGGCGGCUUCGUGACGGACGCCCACAUCAACACGGCCACCAGCGAGGAGCUGCCCUUCCACUUCGAGCCGUUCCUGCCGCCGCCGCCCAAAGCCAAGAGAGAGGCCAAGGAGCGGGCGCCGGCGGCGUCGGCGGCGUCAGCGGCGUCGGCGGCUCCGGCGGCGUCGGCGGCGCCGGCAGAGGAGGCCGCCGCCAACGCCAAGGAGUGACGCGGAGCGGCGUCCGCUUCCCGGGCUCCUGCAGCUGCUCGUCCACACCGGGCCAACCGAGUUGACGGCUCUCGUGUCGCUCACGGCAUCACAACAAUCCACACGUGCACACGCUCGCGUGCACACGCUCGCGUGCACACGCUCGCGCGCACACGCUCGCGCGCACACGCCCGCGUGCACACGCUCGCGUGCACACGCCCGCGUGCACACGCGCCCCUUCCCGUGAUUCGGUGGACCAUCGCGGCCCGGCGUCACAGUUCCGCGGAGGGUUUCCGUGACCCUGCGGGAGCGUGUAGAUCCCUUUAGUGACUCUGUGGCUUCCAAUAACCAAUCACACCGCCGUCGUCAUCAUCCUGUGUCUACUGCUGGAUGAAGGUCUGCUCAGACCAUCGCCAUCGCUUGCGGCCUCGCGAUGCCACAAUUCAUUUAGCUUCUGUGCACUCGUGAUAACCUCAACAAUUAUUUUUUACCAGGUAAGGCCCACGCUUCGUUCGUUCGCCUUGCGUCGUUAACGCUCCGCUUGCGUUCACGUUCAUUGUCAAGGGCAACGGAAUUAUAUAUUUGUCUCACGUGUAAAAUCAUCAACCUAGCACAAGGGGGCGCCACGGUGGCGAGACGUGAACGACCACGCCUGCUAUUAGAGGUUGUGGGUUCGAUUACAACCCUGACGCCUGCUGCUGUAGAUUUGGAGUUUGAGUGACCUCUCUCUCUCUCCCCGUGGCCGCGUGGAUUUUUCUCCGGGUCCUCCGGGUUUUCCCUC